CCCAUUUUCCUCUUGAUAGGUGGUCCCGCCGCGAGGCCCCUUCCGCGCGCCAGGGCGGGUCGCGCGCGCAGGUAUUAAAGCGUCGCGCGCACAAAAGAGAGAGGGAGACCGUUGGGAGCUGUUGGCGCCCUUCUCCCCGCUCGCCCGUCCCCGCUGAGGCGAAGGAAGCGGUCAUGAAGGCAGGAGCGACAUCCAUGUGGGCUUCCUGUUGUGGGUUGCUGAAUGAAGUUAUGGGGACUGGAGCUGUUCGUGGGCAGCAAUCUGGAUUUGGGGGUGGAGCAAACCCAUUUAGAUUUGCACCAAGUACAGACUUCAGCGUAUAUACUUCUUCAGCAGCAGGAGGAUCUAAUCUAGUCUGUAAAUCUUGUGGCCUAACGUUCUCAGUGUUCAGAAAAAGGCAUGUGUGCUGCGAGUGCAAGAAGGAUUUCUGCUCCAUGUGUUCAGUCUUGCAAGAGAGCCUCCGAAGAUGUUCCACCUGUCAGUUGUUGCAGGAGACUGCAUUCCAGCGGCCACAGCUGAUGCGUUUGAAAGUCAAAGAUUUGCGCCAGUACCUGAUACUUAGAAACAUCCCCACAGAUACUUGUCGAGAAAAGGAAGAUUUGGUAGACCUUGUACUGUGCCACCACGGAUUGUCUUCUGAAGAGGAUACAGACACUAGCAGCUUGUAUUCAACACGAUCACAGACUUCUGGGUUUUCUACACAUCCUCUUUCUCUGUCUGGUUCUGUAUCAUCCUCUCAGGGAGACUUGACACGUAGGCAUGAGAGCACAGGAAAUGAAUUGCAGAUACAGGGACAAAGUGAGAGGCUCUUGGCAAACCUUAGUGAAGAGGAGGAAAACGCAGAAGAGCAGACCCCAGGGCAGUCCAGGAAGCGUGCAAGAGCUUCGCUGUCUGAUAUUUCAAGUCUGGAUGAUAUUGAAGAGCUAAAUGUUCGCCAGCUGAAGGAAAUACUUGCUCGUAACUUUGUUAAUUACUCGGGAUGCUGUGAAAAAUGGGAGCUGGUGGAGAAAGUGAGCAGGCUAUACAGGGAGAAUGAAGCCAAUCACAGGCCACUAGGGGAGAAACCUCAACUGAAUGAUGAGGAUGAGAAUCUCUGCAGGAUCUGCAUGGAUGCAGUGAUUGAUUGUGUACUGCUGGAAUGUGGCCACAUGGUCACCUGUACCAAAUGCGGCAAGCGCAUGAGUGAAUGUCCCAUCUGCCGACAGUAUGUUGUAAGAGCCGUGCACGUGUUCAAGUCGUGAAUGGAGACCAAAGCCGGCGGCUUCUCACUGCGCUUUCUCCUGGGGUGGGGCGCAGACCAUGGUAGUCAUGUGUGGAGGCUCCAUGGUGGACCUCCGUUCCAAUAACUCAUAGCAUCCUGAACAGAAGCUUAGGAGCUUGACUGAUGUACUUCUGCUUUGGCAGUCAGAUGCCUUGUUAAGGGUAGAGCUGUGUUAACUAGGAUAAAACCAGAAACUGGUCGAAUCAAAAUUGCAGCAGCAGAUCUAGCGUUACUAAUUGCUCUCUUCUGAAGAAUAGCACACAGCCCAGUGGGAGGGCCAAGAAAGAGAGCGUUGAAUUUCCAAGGAGCAGAAGGGUGGCCAAGUGCAUUUAAAAUUCCACUGCAUAGUCAGCUGCAGUCUCUUAAAUGGGAUGCAGGUGGACCCUUUAAUAUUCCACUGCACCCCUCCCACACCUCUCCAAUAGACAGAUGGGUGAAUGUUUUGUGCUCAGGGAAUGGAGCUCUUAUAUCAGUUAUCCAGAAUGUCAUUCCAUAUGUGCCCAAUGAAAUGUGAUACUCUUAAUCAUAGUAUCUAAAAGCUACCCUACCCCAUAUUUUAGGACAAUUUGUAAGAUGUCUUGGUUCGAAGAUGACCCAUUUAGUUUUAAGUGUUCCUACCAUGCUUAGGAAUUUCCUACAAUAAGUGUGAGCCACUAGAAUAACUAUGUAGCGGGUUCCUGGAGAAAAAAUGAACUGUUAACAGGAAUUGGGGCUUCCUGUGUUUAGAAUCAGUACUCAAGUGUUGUGCUGAACAAGGAGUUCCUUGAGUGCUUUCUGUGCAGAAUAUCCUCACACGAGCUUCCUAAAAGGCAUAGCUUACAGCGUGUCUGGUCGGCAUGAGCGUGGAAACGCAGAAGCUUUAAGCUCUAGGUUCAGGGUGAAGGAUGUCCUUUGGUAAUGGUGACGGAAAGAUGUACAUUACCAAACAUCCGUUGGGAUACAUGAUACUAUUUAAUUUGAGUUGUGGGAACAAGAAGCAGGCAACAUUCAGAUAAAAGUCGACCAUUUUCCUAAAGUAUUGCCCUCCCCUUUAUGUAAAGAAUAGCAAUCCUGCGCAGCAGGUUCUGAAUGGCAUUACAAGAAGUUAAACAUUGCACAUUAGGCAGGUAUUGUGAUUUCACAUCUCAGAAGCACAGAUCAUCCAAAGCUUGUACUCACAAAAGUAAAUAUUAAUGUUUGUGGGUCUGAGUAACUGAGACUGAGGUAGGUGGGGGUAAGCUUUGGAGCUAUGACACCAUUCAGCCUCCAGCUGAGACAAGAAUGUAUAUGACUUUCAUAUCUUAAAACUGACUUAUUUUCCAGAAGAGAGCAAGAUAAUAUGGCUUUAUUUUUAGAAAGAUCUUUUUAAAGAUAAGGUGCAGAAAAUCAGCUGAUCAAAUCCUUUUCAGGGGAUACAAAGAAAGAAUGUAGCAUAUCCAUAACAUUCUGAACAACGGCUGUUGACUUAAUAAAAUCUUUUGUUAUCGGG